AUUUUAUUUCGAAGACACUGUCGGUAGUAUUGUGACUAUAAAACAGUUUUCUUGUAAAUAAAAUUGAGAGUUACAUCGAUUAUCACUAUCCGAAUCGGUGCCUUGUAGAAAUUUUACUUUUCUAAACUUGAAACAGAAACCGAACUUGUUUGAUCGAUAGUCGUUUUCAUACAACCAUAUAACGUGUCCGCGUAUGACUGCAUGCAGUGAAUGGUAGAAGAGAAUGAACCAAGGGUGUUCGUCAGAGAAAACAAGUACGUCUUCGUCGACAACGGACACCAACAAAAUACCACGACACGUAGUAAAUUUAAAAGAGUCCAACACCCAUCUAUUCUAUGUCAUUCAAUCGGAUAACGAAAGUCAUGGCGAUACUCAGCAACUGGUUCAAUUAAGAAUAUCGAAGCAACGUCCUCCAUCAAGAAAGUCUUUUGCACAGAAAAUGCAAUUACGCUACAAUGACAAUAAUGAUGGUCUCGAUGAAAACCGAGGAAAGUUAAAAAAGACACAAAUUGCAAGUAUUCACAAGCGAACAGAUCAUCCGUCGUUUGUAGUACUUCCGGAAGUGUUUAGCAAAGGACGUUUAAAUAUUCGUCAAACAAUUGAGAAAAACCAAUCAACCAGCGAAAAUUCCAAUGCAACUUAUGUGAUACGAUCGAAAAAUGAUAACAGAACCUGCGAAAGCAAAGCCAAAAUUCCAAGACUAUUCAAUUCGUUGCGGGAAAGAAAUCCUAAAACUGCUUACUUGCAUGGUAUGAACAAUUUAGUAGCUAACAAGAAGACGGAUGACUUCUGCGAAUGUGCUACUAAGGCUACUGCCAAAAAGUUUCGAGACUCGCUGAAUUUAGACGAUAAAAUUGAAACAGUGGGGACAGCGCAGAACGCAUCUAAAUGUUUCCUAAGAAAAGAAGAUCUUUUCAACAUUGAUUACGUUGAUCCGACACAAAAUCACAUCCCGCAGAGGUUACGAGCGGGUCAAGACUAUGACAAACGAUAUAAAUCUUGUUUCAUGUGUCCUAAUAUGACGAGAAUAUUUCCGCCGACAAAUUCGAGGCGUCGUACCCGAUUUACGUCGAAUUGUGGGUCUGAUUCGUCUCCAACAGAUCAUGGUGGUUACACAAAAAUAAAUUUCAAAUUGGUUCGUCAAUGCCUGAUAAGUGGAUCGGUGGACGAAAAGACUGAAGUACUGGAUGCUAUUCGUAUGAGAAUCAAAUCAUCAAAUUCCAGCGUGGCAAUUAAUACAAUUGAAGAAAUUGUAAAAUUUGAUCUAUUCGGAGUUCAAUGUGAAUGUAGAUCAAAGCCACUGCUAGGAGACCUUUUUUGGCCAUUAACUCCAUCGCACCAAUUACAGACCAGCAUCGCCCAGUUCGUAAAUGCUUUGGUGUCGUAUAAAGUUGGACGCAACUACUUUAACAACAGACCAAUAAUUGGUAUGCUGACCUGGGGUGACAUUGGACGAGAUAACAUUGAUCAGAUUAUGGGUGACAAUUUGAUGGGCAUUAUGAUGAAAUUGAGUUUAAAUCGAUUCCAACGCACCGAUAUGAUAAAAAAUGGUCUGAUUUCUUGGCUAAUGCAACACAUGGAAGGGGAAGAAUAUUCGGCUUCGAAAUAUCAUCUCCAAUGUAUGGCCGGAUUAUUGAGGAAUUUACUCCAAGGAUUUAAUUUGGAGAAUUUUUCGUCAUCCGAAAUGCAGAAGAUGAUUGUACUGCUAGGUAGAUUCUUGGAGCACGAAAAUGAAAUAGCAAAGCGAUACGUUUGUGACUCACUUAUGAUUUUGUUUCAAAACAUAAAUUGUGUUACUAGUGCAAAGAAUUUAAAUUUUCAGAGAGUUAUCCAGGAACAUGCAACUAAUGCAACAGACGCGGCACAAAAAGAGCGUCUGGGUGUAAUCUGUCGUUUAUUGAAUAGGUCUGCAACGACAACGCCUCACAUCAACCAGAAAUUUUAUUCUCGAUCGGAAGAAGAGCCGUUCCUGGACGCAGACCUGGGACCAUGUGGUGAAGUGGAUCAUUAUUCCGGCGAAUUUUUGAUCAGAGAGAAAUUUACGGGCGAUGGUGAUACGCAACGACAAAAUGACACCGCUGAGACUGACAAAUCCAAUUCUAUCACCUCCGACGAUUCACACAAACACGACCAGUUGAUUACAAGAGUGUUUAUCGAACAUUUAAAUUGUUUCCUACCGAAUAUUGAAAACAAUCGAAUAUUUCCACUGUGCAACAGUCGGUGUGCUGAUAAGAUUAGAACAUGCUCGCAUGUUGGAGACAUCCAACCGAGGAAGCGACAACCGUAUAUUCCACCAAACUCACGAUUGUCACUUCAAAAACAUAGUAUGACAGAUUCCAUUCAAGCCACGUCCAGUGUGGGCUACAAUAAAUCAGCGUUGCAAUCUAAGCCGGCCGACAAAGGAUCGCUGAGCACCAAAGAACGAAUAGCUUCGCGAGUUUCUACAAUUUCCCACGAUAAAACUGCUGCAAAGUGGAAUCACAUUGGAAGUGAAGGUAGUGAUGACAAAUUAUCAGGAUCAGUAUCAGCGCAUGGAGGAGCAAUGGAAAAAAUAUUUGAGGGACAUUCAAAGAGACCCCAUGGUAGAAUGGAAGGCGAGGAAAUUAUAUCAAAUUCAAGCCAUCGACCUUAUUCAUUCGAAACAGUUGGUGUAUCAGAUGAAAGGACAAGGAACGAAGGGAAUACAAUUGACGAUCAACGUCAGGGCAGAGAAUCACCUCAUACUGCAAACGUUACAAACGAGGAUCGUAAUGAACCAUCCCGAACUAAAACAAAGGAUCGGGAAGGGUCUAAAUACAAUGCUGUGACUGCCGCUCCGAUGAAAGCUCUUGAAGCCACAACUCUACCGAUACACACGAAAGAAGCGGAGGACCGAAAAGAUUUACUACGCAAAAAGACAUCAGAAACGGAAGCAGACGCUUCCGUCGGAAGUCAUGGAUGCACACCGAAAAAUUCAGUCGGAAAAAAAGAAACUUGCGAAUUUGCUCAGCAGAAAUUUGGUUCCGAUGAAACUAAUGUCGUCGAUCAAGAAGAUGGUCGCCAGUCAUCACAUAGCACAUUAUUCGAUGUCAGUGAUGAUUUUCGUCAAUCAAGAGGCCGCGAUUCUGAACAAAAAACCGUAUUCGAAGGGACAACGCUUAAAGAACCGUCGGCUACUCGGGGUAUUGAGAAAGAUGACUCCAGUACGAAAUCAGAAGAAAAAUUCAUUGACUUGAGAAAAGACAACGAAAACUCUUACAGGACCCAAGUAACAGAAAAUAUUGAUGAAAAUGAAGUAGACAACAAUUUCCCAAUUCAAACUGAAGAAAUGAUAGUCGAAACUGGUCAGCAGUCAUUAUUGGAUGCAAGAUCAGAAAGAGUUCAAAAGAAAACAUCGAAAGAUAAAGCGAAAACGGAUGGAGGUGAAACCGGCAUUAGAUUAGAAGUCAGAUCAGAAGAAGGAUAUCACAGGACCGAAGACACAGAAAAUAAAAAAGAAGUUGGCCCCCAAUUGUCUAUUCGAUCUGAAGAAGUGAUAGUCAAGAGAAAAACUGUCGAGAAGUCAUUAUUGGAUGCAAGAUCAGAAAGAGCUCUGAAGAAAAUAUCGAAAGAUAAUUUGCAAAUGGAUGGUAACACUGGCGUUAAACUGAAAGUCAGAUCAGAAGAGAAUAUAAGAGAUCUAAAAAAUUGCGGAAACAAAUUUCAAGAAAGUAAUGUAACAAACGAAAAAUCUGGUCUCACAUUACAAGCUAAGUCAGAGUUGUUUGCAACCGGAAAUGAAAACCAGAAAUUGAAGUCUUUGAGGUUAGACAAUGAAAACCUGAUUAAAGAUACAGAGACACAGGGCAUUCGUGCAACGGAAACCGGCAUUAAACUGAACGUUAGAUCAGAUACUGUUGUGCAGCGAGGAAAAUAUGAAAGAUUACAUAAAUUAUCUUCGGCAUCGAUAAAAGACAGAAAAGCGACGCAAAAAUUACAUGCAAGGUCAAUGGAAAUGAUAAAGGACUCCAAAGAUCAUAUUUUGAGAAAAUCUAAGAGUGACGUCAUGUAUGAUGUGGACAAAUGUCACACAGAAGUCGGGAUUCGUCCAAGAACUCCACCUGGUUCGCAACCAACGACUACAGCAAAGCGCCAAAAUGUAUUUGGACGGGCGCACAACGCAAGGUCAGUGGAACACGAAGGAACAAACUAUCAAUUAUUCAAAUCCAGUUCUGAAGAGUUACUGGGAUCCACCAAAAAUCAAAAUUAUUCGCUUGAACCAACCGGAAAUAGUAAUUGGUCCAGCAGAACGAGAUUAUUGGAUCAAUUUGCCGUCAGAUCAAAGGAAAUUGUUGGUCGAACUCAAAGUGCGAUAAUGAACGGAAAAGAGGAUUCGCGUGGCACAUAUCAAAGUUCAAAACAUUGUGUUGACUGUACGGGAAGCGGAUAUGUUUUAAGAGCAAGACCAAGUCAACCAUGCGACCGAUGUAAAGUAAGUCUGACGCGGUAUCCCGAUUUUGUGGAUGCACUAGCUAAUCAGGACUAUCAUCGACGAGAUGUUACCCGUACCAACGACGAAUGGAUAAAAACAGAUUUGAUCAACAAAACGGACGGAAAAUUGAAUUCGAAGCCCAACCAAGGAAACCUCAACAAGGAUAAACUCGGCGACACGAAAAUUGACGAAAAUCUUAAGGAAGCAAAAUGGAAUGCGGACAGAGAUGUGGGAAAGUCAAGUGCAACACAAGAGGAGCGUUCAACACAAAAUUUGGACAAAAAGGCGAAUCAGAACAGUGUUUGGGCCGAGGAUGGUGAUACAACAAGUAAAAAAGAUUGGCUCGCUAAAAAUACUUCUAGUGAAAAGGAAAUGGAAUUAAACACAGCUCAAAAAGCCACCGACAGCUCGAAAGACAAUGAAGACGAAUCAGUUACCGAUGCAUUAUUUCUGAGUGGCGAAAUAAGGAGACACGGAUCAGUUAGAUCGAUUCACAGGCAAUCGGAUGAUUGCACAGAAAUUACAUCGAACACAAAGCCUCAACCUGUCCUUGAAUGCUGGCAAUCAGACAAUGUAAUCAAUAAGAAUGUUUUGGGUGAGAAAUCACAGGCAAAUUUAAUUUUUGAUCCUGCAGCCAGCAUGAUGAGUUCGGAUGGCCCAUCGAUGAGCGAAUCUUCGAAGCAGAUGGAUGAGAAAGACGAAUUAACUGGAAACAACCAACAUGCAGUGGAUGAUGCCAGUAAAAGUGGUAGCAGAGAUUCUGAAAUCGAAAUGGUCUUCCAUAAAAAAGAAUUGAAAAAGUUAGACGAAACACCAACCUCACAAGAAACUCAGGUACUGACAUCGGAUGACACUGAGAACGGUGGCGGGCACGUUGAAGUUGAUUUCGAUCGGCAAGAUUCGGUGCAGUUGAAUAUAGCACAGCCCAUUCUAGGAACUGCUGAUCGUCUAAAAGCAAUUUCAGACAUUAAAAAUUAUAUUCCACGGUCGGAGACAACAGUUGACGAUGAAGUUGUUUCAAAAACAACCGAACAACGAGAAAAUAUCAUUCCGAAUUCAGUAACGUUUUUAAAAGAAUCGACAGACGUAACAAACUUAAUGGCAACAACAAAUGAGCGGGCUGCUGUUGGUCGUGACGAUCCAAAUUUGUCGACUGUUUUUUCACAUUCGAUUGGAAAAACAAUUAGCUUUCCAUUUUUAUCGUCAGAGGCGACUGUUAUGGACGAUAGAGAACUGAAUCUGUCAUCAAGCCUAGUUAACACUUCGAACAAUAAAACGCUCCGGGAGGCUGUAAGCGAUCCACAAUUAUCAGAGAGACAACUCGACUUACCAGUGGCCAGGCAUCUAUUUCCCCGAUCAAGCGAAACAAUAGGAGUGAUGAGAAGUAAGUCAAUUGAUGUUAACGUAAAGGGCACGAGUGCAUCUGGUGAAAGUGAAAACACGCCCAGAGAUUUGAAGGGUGGAAAAAAUGACGCGCAGAUCAGUAGUUUCAAAGAGAACGCAGAGCUUAGCGAUAAGGGCACCGAAAAGAUUGAUUUGAAAAACCAAUUGUCAUCAUCACACAACAUAAAAUGGAAUGACUGUUCGGACAAUAUUUCGGUCGCAAUGAAUAAACGUCAACAAAAUAAGAAUUCCUUAAAUGUCACGUCGUUAGCUAUUAGAUCGGUUGAAGCUGUCAACGGCUCGCCAGACAAUCCACCAAGCGAAUUAAGACAAAAUGUGGGAAACGAUAUUGCAUCUCCAUGUUCUGGUGACUUGAUACCAAUAAGGAAUGAGCAAAGAAUUGGCAAAGAAUCGAUUGAAAUUUCAGUAACAAAAUCUGUCGACAACAAAUCAUCCGUAAUUUUGGAUGAAGCUUUCACUUCAGAACGAAAUUUACACUCAGACAAACAAACCGUGAACGUCGAGACCGUUGAUGACACAGAAAUUGAUCAAGAGUUAAAUCUGGAAGGCGAUGGAAAUAUUGAAAGGGGCAGACACAAAAUCAAAGUUGUAAAUUCUACUUGUUGUAGGCGACUGUUGAAUAAUGAUGAACUUAUCAACAGAUUGAGCGAAAAAGUGUUGGAGAAAUUGACAAACAAAAUUCAUCGAUGUGGUACAAAUUGUAAAAGUCCUUGUGGCGGAUUAAAUUCACUUUUUAACACUAAGAACGACAAUAAUCUAAAUUGGCAAUAAACUAAAUAAUAGGUCACAAUAACAUA